GGAAAACAUAAUUUUCUCGGUAUUAUACAAGCGGGUCUUGCCUUGCUCGGAUAGUGCUGUGUUUCUGCCUUACUAGUUACUUAUAUAUACUACUGCGUGGAGGUUUGGUUAUUGGCUGUAUGCUACGAGUGCGGAUUCCUCUGGUGCAGCUAAAACAUUGAUCCUCUAUGGAUUAUCAGAAUCUACCUGUGUACUGCCGUGGGACGACAUAAUCACCGCCGAUACCUCCUCCAACUUCUGGCAGUGGCUACAUAACACCGUAGACCUUACCACGCAAGCUGUAUCAACCACCGCGAGACAAGAUCGAACGAACAUGGAUUAAUCGCUUUGUUAAGGACAAGGAAUGAUUACAGACUACGAAAGAUAAGGAAUCAAGAAGCUAACAAACAAACCUUAAGGCAAACCUACCAAUCGACUUAUAUCCAAUGUCGAAUAAAAAGAGUUCCGGUGAUUAUGGUGGGAAAAGUAAGAGUAAAAGUCAGAGUAGGAGUCAAGGACAAAGCAAGAGUCAGAGUAAAGGGAAAAGUCAAGCUUCGUACAGUAAUCAAGGGCCUCCGCCUCCCAGUGAUAUUGCGCCACAGGGAGCAGGUCCCAACAACAACAAUGGACAGAAGUCUCAAGAAGAGAAAUUACGUGAACAGUUGGAGGUCCAGCGAAUGGUAGAGAGACUCACAGAGGAAGAUAUAAAAGAGUACCAAGAAGCAUUUAGAAUGUUUGACAAGGACGGGGAUGGUACGAUAAGCUCCAAGGAAUUGGGAACAGUCAUGAGAUCUCUGGGUCAAAAUCCAACUGAGAACGAAUUAGUGGACAUGAUCAAUGAGGUAGAUGCUGAUGGGUCUGGAACAAUAGAUUUUGAAGAGUUCCUCAUCAUGAUGGUGAAACAGGACCGAUCAAACAGAGAGGACGAAAUCCGCGAAGCAUUCCGACUCCUCGAUAAAGAUGGAAAUGGGUUUAUAAGUGCAGCUGAACUACGGUUCCUUAUGACAUCUUUAGGUGAAAAGCUAACAGAAGAGGAAGUGGAUGAGAUGAUCCGCGAAGCAGACAUGGAUGGCGAUGGACAGGUUAAUUAUGAAGAGUUCGUAAGAAUGAUGUCCCAAGAAAAUUGACGACUGGACGUAAACGAUGAUUUCCACAUUCCAAGAUUUACAAUGAGCAUGCUCGUGCGCAUGCUUAUGAGAGCCAGUGCAGCACAUCACGUGAUUACAUUUGCUCAGGACAGCCAGUAUAAUAUCUAGUUUAACUGAAUUCGGAAAAUAGGAUAGAAAAAACGUUGUACAUAGGAAGUAUAUGCCAAUACUGGGAUCAUAAAUGCAAGAAGUGUCUCUUUUGACAAAGUGAGAAUGAACAAUAUAAAAGAUUAUGAUAUGUCAUGAUGAUGUCUAUAACAACAUAGCUAUUGUUCCAACAAUGUCAGGCUGGCAUCAUGCAUUAUUCAAGAUUACUUUUUUGCUGAGUGUUGAACAGUUGUUUUAUUCAAGAAUUGCUCGUUUUGCUUCAUAUUGAGUCAUUCAUUGUUUCUAUGCAUCAACUUGUAUUUUUAUUACCAUUAGUAUUACCAGAUAAAGAGAUAUUACGUAAAAUUGUAAGAUCUCCAACUGUCAGGAAUUCCA